GGGAUCUAGCCCCGCAACUCCCUCUUCGCCACCGUUCAUCACCAUCACCUCGAUAAGACUACUAGAACUCGGUAAACCUGUCCUUUCUCUAACAAAACCCUGCAUCCUUCCCCAGCGUUAUUUUCGUGCAUAUUGAAAUCAUGCCUCGAUUUUUGAGCCGCAUAUUCAGCGACAAGUACCUAACAUUCCGUCGAGAUCCCAAUACACAAGACGACGUACAGCAGUCACGACGCGUCGUUACCAAAAGUUCGACAGGAAGGCCAGAAACACGGUUACGAGCCAGACUAUCGCAACUCAACCUUGUGCUCCACCCGGAGGAAGACGGACGUCUGAAGGAUGGAGCAAGUUUAGCCGAUAGCGAUAUGCGCGCUGCUCGGCCUAUCCUUGCGCCGAGUAUAGCAUCCCAUGAAGGAUAUGCGCCUGUGAUGAAGACGAAGUCUCCACGAAGAAGACUGAGCAAAAGGCAUCGCAUGCCUGACUUGAAGGCUUGAAAUCCGUUUGUUGAACAUCGACCUUAUCAACAUAUAUAUAUCGAAAGCAAAUCUAUGAUCUACAAAUCACCUUCUAUGAGCAUUCCGCUCCUUGAACAACGGACGAUUGCCCUGUGUCAACUGCUGUUCGACUUCGAACACCCACCCAAUUACGAUAAACGAGUAUCCUGGAGUCGAACGUAAACUGCUGGACUUUCCCCAAAACAUGACACAGCAAUAUUAUUCUAUCUCAAGUCUGCCCUUCCUGAUGACUUGUUCGCAUCUGGUGUCGUUCU